AUGAAGGCGUCUAUGUUCCUCCUCGGCGCUAGCGCCAUCUUGGCUUCGGCCAGCCCUAUUCGAAAUGCUCUCGAGAAGAGAGAGAUUGAGAAGCGAGAGAUGAAGACCGAGUGGGUCUACGAGGUUGUUACCGUCACUGUUGUUGCUGGCGAGGAGCCCGAGACCACUGCUCCUGUGGCCACAAAGCCCACUGGCGUUGUGUUUAUGGAAGCUCCCGCUCCCAAGUAUACAGCUCCUUCGACCACCAAGGAGGCUGCGAAGCCCAAGAAGGUCAAGAAGCCUGUCAGCAAGCCCUCAACCACCGAGGAGGCCCCCAAGGUUACGGUCGUUACUGUCGAGCCCCAGCCUGAGUCUACCAAGGAGACCGUCUAUGAGUCUCCCGCACCCGUCGUCGAGAAGCCCAAGACAACCAUCUCCAAGGUUGUCGCUAAGCCUACCAAGGUUGCCGAGCCUAAGGUUGAGGUCCCUGCUAGCGGCGGUGAUGACCUCUCUCUGGAUGGUGCCUAUAACACUGUUAUGCUCGCCUACCACAACAUCCACCGUCUUAACCACUCUGCCUCUGCCCUUGAGUGGGAUGAUGAGCUCGCCGGCUACGCCGAGAACACCGCCAACGGUUGUGUUUUCGAGCACGACAUGAAGCAAGGCAAUGGCGGCUACGGCCAGAACCUCGCUUCAUGGGGUGCCACAAGCGAUAUUGAUGGCCUCAAGAACAAGGCUGCCGCUGGUGGUAUUACCAACCAGUGGUACAACAACGAGAUGGCCAACUGGGCUUUCUACGGCCAGGAGAACCCUCCUGCUGAUAUGAACAUUGACCUCUACGGCCACUUCACUCAGGUUGUCUGGAAGGACUCCACCAAGGUUGGCUGCGCCACUGUCAAAUGCCCUGCCGGAACUGUUCUCAGCUUCCCCUCUUGGUACACCGUCUGCAACUACAACCCUCAGGGUAACUUCGGCGGCCGUUACGGUGACAACGUUCUGAAGCCCAAGGGCGAGAAGCGCGUUACUGUUUAA